AUGUUCAUUAAGAAUGUGACGCAGAGCUUUCCGACCAUCACUGGCGUACGAUGGUUCAACCUUUCUGUCCUUGUCAUUACGCCAGCUCUUUCGCUAUACGGCUUGCUUUAUGUUCCCGUCCUUCGGAAGACUAUCGUUUGCACUACCCUCUAUUACAUCUAUUCCAUGCUUGGCAUAACUGCUGAACGUGCCGCUCCAGGAUACCACCGGCUUUGGUCACACAGGUCAUAUAACGCUUCGUUCCCCUUACAGGUGUUCCUCAUCCUUGCAGGGGCGAGUGCAGUGCAAGGCUCAUGUUAUUGGUGGGCACGCCGGCACCGUUCGCAUCACAGGCAUACCGACACGGAUCUUGACCCGUACAACUCAGGACGAGGCCUCCUCUGGACGCACAUCGGAUGGAUUAUUUUUGAGUCAGACUUGAAACCCGGACCAGCUGAUAUCUCUGACCUGAGCAAGGACCCCGUCGUACAAUGGCAACACCGAUGGUACUUUGUCAUUUUGACCGUUUUCGGGUACUUGCUUCCAAUGGUCAUUCCCGGCUUGUUGUGGGGAGACUGGAAAGGCGGAUUCUUUUUCGUUGGUGCAUUUCGUAUGACCGCGUGCCAUCACUGCACUUUUUGCAUCAACUCCAUUGCUCACUAUCUCGGAACUACGCCGUACGAUGACAAACAUACUCCCCGCGACCAUCUUUUGUCCGCUAUUCUUACUAUGGGAGAAGGGUACCACAACUUCCACCAUCAAUUUCCCAUGGACUACAGGAAUGCAUUUCGAUGGUAUCAGUAUGACCCUACCAAGUGGUUCAUCAGUGUCUGUCACUAUAUCGGUCUUGCCUCUCAUCUCCGCGUUUUCCCUAGCAACGAAAUUGAAAAGGGCGCACUCACGAUGAAAAUUAAAGCUCUCAAGGACGUCCAGGACUCAAUUGAAUGGCCUGUGCCUCCGCAAGAACUUCCUGUGGUUUCGUGGAAAACCUUCCAGGAAGAGUCCCAGUCUCGGACCCUUCUCCUCAUAUCAGGUUUUAUCCACGACGUGUCAAUGUUCCUUGAUAAUCACCCGGGAGGACCCGUUUUACUCACACGAAACUCUGGGAAAGACAUGACGGCAUCUUUCUUUGGCGGUGUCUAUGCUCACUCUCACGCAGCGCAUAACCUCCUUGGGAUGAUGCGUGUGGGCAUUCUCGCAGGUGGUGUGGAGGUGCCAGCAGAGCAUGCCGUCCCACCCAGUCAGCAACUGGUCAUCCGCGCUAACACCUCCCAUUAAUAAUACAGCUGCUUGACACAAAUGUCUCGAGUGUUAUUGGUUUCAGGGAAUAUGUGGGUCGGCAACCAUGCCUCCUGUGGCUGGGAUUGGAGGCCGUAACGGGGCACGCCAGCUUGAUAUAAAAAUGAGUAACUUCCCAAGUGUUCAAGUUCUUGUGGGCAUUGUGCGGGUAUUUACUCUUCCAAAUUUUGUUCUUGAAUAUUACUUGCAUACAGUGAUUUGCGGAUCAGUAACUAGAUCAUAUAUAUUUAGCGACUCACUAGUCUAUGAGCUCCAAACCCGAUAUACUGAAAAUAUGAUGGUCAACAUCUUGCACUAUGUAUCACAGGCGAAAUCAAGGCAAGUUAGGAAUUCGA